AUGGCGCUCGUGCUGUUCCUGAGCAGGGAACCAGGGGCAAAGGCCCCAAUGUUUGCAAAUUGUCUCAAGCUCUCUGAGCAGGCAGGUAUCAUCCUCAUGGCCAUGAAGACCUUGGCAAACCCAGGGGUCUACAGCAUCACCAUGGCUGCCCACAUGGUGGAUGUCCUUAUGUCAGACACUGACUUCUGGUCAGACCAGGUGCUGAACAUCACCUGGGCCAUCUACAGAAACUUGCCCUCCGUCAGCACAGAAAUAGCCCACAACAGCCUGAAGAUGGCCCUGCUGGUGUUGACACGCGAAAACCCCAAAAAGGUGGUGGCCAGCAUGCUGCAGUGCUCCGCAACGUGCGGCAGUGACACAAUGGCCAUGUGGAAGACAAUGCUCUCUGAGCCCAAAGCUGUAAGGAAGGUGCUGGGGGAGCUGCUCAGCACACUGAUGAAUCAGUCACUGUGCAAGGUCUCCACCGCCACCAUGGACAACCCACGCAUCCUGUCCUGGGCCGCAUGCAGGACGAUACACAAGAUCCUCAGCCAGUCCUUCUGCCCAAAGGAGGUGGAGGAGGUUUUCCCUAACCUUUUUCUUGCGCUGCUGUUGCAAGUGUCAUUCACAACAGACCUGAUGCAAAAGGAAGUGAUCAUUUGCUGGAAGGAGUACCAGCAGGAUCAGCUCACUCCCACCAGAUGCUCCAUUUCUUCCAUGAAAGUGUUGCUCUGCAACAUGGGCUUUGAAAGCAAGGACCUGGCCAUCGAGGAGCAGGGUGGUUGGGACAACCUGCUCCAUGUCCAACACCACCUCAAGGGAGUGUGCAUCAUGGCCAGCCAGGGAGAUGAUGAAGACUCCAAGACGCCUGCACUGCAUGCUGUUCCACCACCUGGCGAAUCUCCUUGCUGUGGAGGACCCCAUAUCCAGCACGUGGGGAUGUCAAGACUGGAGCUCAAGACUCUCUAUGGGCUAUCCAAGAGGCCCAACAUGGCAGGGAAAAUCCUCACCCUGAUGCCAGACAUCAUGGAACGCCUGGAGGAUACUGAUGACAGUGAUGAAAAGAAGAUGAAGAAGGAGGUGUGGAAGAGCCUGCUGCUGCUGGUCUUUCACCUGCAUGACCAGAAAGAGAACGUGGCCAAGAUAAAGAACUGUCUGGAUGGCCUCACAGAGAGAGUUGCAGUCAAUGGCUCAAACUGGAGACGGGUGAUGGGUGUUGUUCCUCAGGGUUUGGUGUUGGGACCAAUUCUGUUCAACCUAUUUGUCAACUACAUGGACAGUGGGAUUGAGCGCACCCUCAGCAAGCUUCUUGAUGACAUCAAGUUAUGUUUGGUUGAUAUCCUCAAGGGAUCCUUUCCAGAGGAACCUUGA